AUGGUUCAGUUCGGAAGCACACUUCUACCUCUCCUGAUGGCUGUGGCUACUGUCAGCGGUUAUUCCUGGACGCAAUGUACAAAUGCAGACCGGUGCGACCUUGCGAGCGGUGGAGGCUCAACGACAGUAGGCGGUCAGAAUAACGGCCGUGAAGGCCAGCGUUUCCAUUAUGUUGGCGGCUAUGUCUUUACUUAUGACACAUGCUCCGAUUUUGUCUACAGAGCCGGAGAUGGCUACUGGUAUUCACACGAGAAGGAUGGACUCUUCGUCUCCCCAACUGGAUAUGUGCGUUUUGCUCAUGAUUGCAACAUGAUGGUAAUCAACAACAAGGCUGCAGCUGUUGGCGUCACAUACUGGACAAAGAGUUCAGGAGCUGACUGCUGCCUUCCCGAUGAGGUUGGUCACAACAUUUUCAGAGUUGGGGCCUAUUACACUGGUAGAGGUGGUUAG